CUUUAAUAACUGGUGUUGCUUUCACGUCCAUUUAAAAAACGUUAAACAAUGACAUCGAAAUCUAUUGAAAGAAAGGCAGGUCGCAAGCAGAAACGCUGUCAGCACAUAAUAACAAGUGAAACAGGAAUAGAAUGCAACGAUGCACCGAAACAGUAUUUAGUAGUUUGCAAUGCUGGAUUAUCGACCGGAUUAAAGAACGACGUUCUGUUGAAGGAAGCGGCAAUAUUUGGCACUGUCCUGCAAAUAAUUCUGCUACCCGGAAAGUCCUAUUCGUUUAUGAAAUGCAAAACAAUCGACGAUGCAAUAUCAAUUUACAACGGAAUGAAUGCCCGGUCGACAUUAGGACAGAAUGGAUCGGUUCUGUAUUUGCUGUAUUGUGAAGACGUUCCCGACAGUGUGAAUCCAUGGAACCAUCAAGUGCCACCCGGCCUAAUUCUCAUUGAUAAUUUCAUUACCGAGCUUGAAGAGGAGAGUCUUUUGAAUCGUGUGAGUGAUGAUUUUACCGGUCAUGAUUCGUCUCUAGGCAACAGUGGUUCCAUGAAACAUCGCCAGGUCUACCAUUACGGAUACGAAUUUAAGUACGACACGAACAAUGUUGACGCAACUCAACCAUUGGCAAUGCAAAUUCCCGACGAAUGCAACAGGUUAUGGCCUCGCCUAAGAUCGUCGAUGCCGAAUCUAUCGUUUCAAGUGCCUGAUCAAAUCACUGUCAACAAAUACGAACCUGGCCAAGGAAUACCACCACACUGCGACACCCAUUCUGCAUUCUGCGAUCCGAUUUUUUCGUUAUCGCUCGCCAGCGGUACGGUUAUGGAAUUUCGGCGACCAUCCGAUGGACGCCACAUUUCUGUAUGGUUACCCAGACGAAGUUUGCUAGUUAUGUCGAAGGAAAGUCGAUACGGCUGGACGCAUGGAAUCACGCCACGGAAAACCGAUGUAGUACCAGUGAAUGAAGGACUUACGAUUGUGGAACGGAAGUUGCGUGUUUCAUUCACAUUUCGGAGGUUGAGCUUUGACAAAUGUCGUUGCGAAUUUACGUCGCUGUGCGACACGUACCAGAAAUCCCAACAGGAAACCUCCGAGAACAUUGAAAAAUUGGUGCUGCCCGCAGAAUUGGAACUACGAAAUGUGCAUAAGGUUUACGAUCAGAUAGCAGAUCACUUCAGCGAAACGCGACAUUCACCAUGGCCAAAAGUUAAGGAAUUCAUUGAAUCAUUCCCGGCUGGAAGUAUUGUGGUCGACGUUGGCUGCGGUAACGGAAAAUAUUUACCACUGAAUGACUCCAUAGUAAAAAUCGGUUGCGAUCGAAGCCACGGUUUGCUGAACGUCUGCAACCAAAGAGGUUUCAACAUUUUUCAAUGUGACUGCCUGCAUCUGCCGAUAAAAUCGAAUUCGGUUGACGGGUGCAUAAGCAUAGCCGUAAUUCAUCAUUUAGUGACCGAGGAACGUCGUCAACAAGCCAUCAGUGAAAUGUCUAGGAUAUUAGUGACAGGUGGCCGAUGCCUAAUUUACGUUUGGGCAAAGAACCAAGCCAAAGGCACCAAGUCCAGUUACUUGCGCCAGAAUAAAAAGAAUAACAAAGUGGAUGUGGUUGCUGAUGAUGCGAGUUCUUGCAAUGCGAAAUUUUGCGAUGGAUUGCCGAUUCACACCAAUCGCACCCAGUUCUCCCAUUCCGAUAUGUUGGUGCCGUGGAAGCGAAAGGAUGAGACUGGUGAUGAACAGAAGACUUUCCUGCGAUACUAUCAUGUCUUCGAGGAGGCGGAACUGCAGCGCGUUUGCGAGCGGGUGAGUGACAUUGCAGUGAUCGAAACGUAUUACGAUCAGGGAAAUUGGUGUGUCAUUUUUGAGAAGAAAUAAACGAAACGCGCAGAAUGGCA